GCAGGUGUUGGGUUUGACUCAGUCUCCAUUUCCUCCUACUCAUCAUCAGUUUCACUACUGAACAGGCCCUUUUGCUAGAGUUGGGCUGAAAACUCCCCAUUCCUUGCAUUUCCCUCGUAAAUUCCUUCCAAGCUCACCUGUCCCUCCUUCCCUCAUUGUCAGCACCAGAUGUGUCAAAGCUGGGUAGGUGGCAUCUGGUUAAAGAUUGGCUUUAGAGAGGGCGGGGCCGUUCCACGGGAAAAAUCCCUUUUAAAUUGAGAGGCCAUGGGCUCCAGAAGCUGCCUUCAGCUCCCAGCCCUGGGCUUGCAGGUUGUCCCGAUGCACAGAGAGUGCUACUUGCAAUUAGUUCACCCGGGCCAGGGAUGCUAGCCAACUGACCGAUUCAUGGUAGCCUCACCCCGAAUGUGAAGAGUACCCACGUUGAGAGCCCUGCACCUCGCUCUGCUCCUGCUCUGAAUCAGCAAGCAGCACCCAGGAAAGACUGACUUGAACCGCAGCCCCUCCCUGCCCCUGAAAAUCCAGCUCAUCUAAGACUUGGGGUCUAGUCCAGCCCACAGUGGCACAUCCCUACAGAGCCCACAGCUGAGGGCCUGAAAAGGUGCCGUGGAGAGUUCUCCUGGUCUCGGAUUCCGUGAUCUGUUGAGGGUCUGAAGAGAUGGCUGCAGCAGCAGUAGCUGGACUGAUCCCUGUGCUACACUCGGUGGCUGGUGACAAAUCCAGCUACUACAUUGGGCGGCAGCUGUGGUUUGGCUUCAUUGCGGUUUAUGGAGUGGUGGUAUACGUGGUGCGCAUGCCGUGGGCCUCCGUCCAUGAAGAUUUCUGGUGCCAUGGCAACAUCACCAAUCCUUGUUUGAUUGAGUGUUUUGAAAAACGUUUUAGAAGUCCUGUAGUGGGAAUUUGGUACUUCUUUUUCUUUAUUUUUUUGGCCCUUUUCUUCCUCAUGGAAUUCUUCUUGGCUCAGAUUCGGCACAAGCAGAUCAAAGUCAAAUUAGUGGAGUCCGUGGCAAGUGAAAUGGAGGAAGGCUCCAUGGUGGGGAUCCAGGAACAUGUCCCUUCCCCGAAGAAGUCCAUCCUGAACUUCCACCAGGAGAAGAUGCUUUUGCUUUUGUACCUUCUUUACUUCCUCCUGCAGGUUGGUGCACAGUGCGUGUUUUCUUUCCUUCUCAUGUUCCAACACCUGCCCUUGGUGAGUCAAGCCAUCAUUCACUGCAGCACCGACAGCUGCCCCGGGCCCUAUUUCUGCCUGAUCAGGGGUACUAUGGAGAAGCGAAUGUCCAUCUACACCCUCGUCACCUUGUCCUUCAUGAUCAUCCUCUUCUGCUCAGGUUUCUUCAUAUACAGCAUCCAUCAUUACCUGUUAAAAGGCAUUGCCAGUGCAAAGUUUUGGCUUGACUAAUUUUGGAAGGUUUUAUUGUGAGUCUUUCCUCCCUUGCACUAGGAACUUCGUAUUCCUUUAAAUAUUGUGUCUGGGGCAGGGCUUCCUCCUGCUAACUUUCUUUGCUUUAGUCCUUCAUGAAAUAAACCUUGGAUGUUCUGUUUCCUUCUUCUACAACCAGGCUCAGAUUGUCUAACUGUGGAGUGGGUGGUACACACUUGAUAACAUUUCAGAGUUUUCUCAAAUGUGUUAUCUAAUCUUCUCCUCCCCAGAAGCCUUUGGCAUUGAGCUUGCUACUUCAUUCUUCCAGUGUCUUCAAAUCAGGAAGAGUUGUCAUCGUCUAGGAGCUGAGAGUUUUAAAGAUUCAGGGGUGACUGGUUCACUUGUACUCUGGCCUCCCCAGUUUAGGUUGUAAAUACAGAGAAGGUAGUUCUUCUCCACAGGAAAAUUCUCAGCUGGAAUGGCAGAGCAGGUUCCCCAAGCUCCUAGAUGUGGGCCCAGUCUUACCACCUCACUGAGUCUCCAGUGAGGACUGAAUAUAUCUGGAUGAAUCCCCCUGGGGAAAGGAUGAGAGAAUGUGGCUAGGGUAGGAAUGAGGUUUUGUGGAAGCAGUGCACUGGGUUUCUCUGUGUCCAGAAUCUUGCCUUACUCCAAGACCUGAUCUAUCUUGAGUUAUGUUGAAACCCAGCUCAAGCCUACACAUAGGUGACUUACUAACCGUAAUUUGGGCUCCCUGCUGAGUCCUGUUGUCUGCAAACACAAGGUGGUUUGACCAGCUAUGGCUAAAGCUCUUCACAUCGGGAGGGAGGCAAAGAUAGGGAUCAGAGUGAGUCUGUUAUAGAGAACGUAUGGCUGAUUACCUCAUCCUGUGCUAGGCAGUCAUCCCUAGAAGUAAUUUGAAUGACCUGAGGCUUGGGCUCCCUCCAGGUGCUUGGUGUACGAUGUAGAACAGGGGGCAGUGCCAAGAGCCCCACCUUUUUGGGUACAGUCUGUCUUAUCCAAGCAAGCAUGAUGUUCCCAAAUAAUUUAGUUGGAUGUAGUUGGAAUUUUCCUGAGGCUGACCGUGGCAGACAUCUCAUGGUGGCCCCCAAAGAUUUUCUGCCUCCUGGCAUCCAUGUCUUUGUAUAAUCCCUCCUUUAUGAAUGCAGGUAGAAACUGUGACUUCCUUCUAACCAAAAGAUGUUACUCCUGGGAUUAUGUCAU